AUGAAGCCCCUCGUCCUCACGCUCACACUCUUCCUAGCGCUCGCUGCCGCAUCUCCCGCCGCCGCACCAGGCCCCGCACUAGCGCCUGCACCAGCGCCCGCAGCAGAGCCCGCAGCGGCACCAGUGCCCGCACCCGUAGCACCUCCAGCACCCCCGGCACCAGCACCCACGUGCUUUGGCGGCUGCGGCGGCACGUGGACGCAGAAGUACUGCUGCAUCGCGUACCUGUCGGCGCUGUGCUGUCCAUACCACCAGUACUGUAAGGAGUAUGAUGGGAGGGCGUAUUGUUCUGUUAAACCUUAG